CAUCAGUACAUAGAUACCUGUCUCUCACACACACACACAGAGUCAAACCCUCACAUGGCUCCCCAUCUCGCACGCCUCAUCCUCCUCCUCUUCCUCAUCUUCCCCAGACUCUCAGCAGUGAGGCAUGUGUCUGUGCAGACAGGAGGCUCCAUCACCUUCCCAUGUCACUAUGAUCAGUAUUACAUAAACCACAUGAAGUACUGGUGUCAAGGAUUAGGUUGGGAUGUAUGUUCGUAUGUAGUACGUACUGACCAUCCUAAGAGCAGUGGUAAGACCUCAAUCUCUGAUGACAUCAACAAGAGAAUCUUCACCGUGACCAUGACUGACCUGACGUCAUGGGACUAUGGGAAUUACAGGUGUGUUGUGGAGAUCAAUGGAGGAACAGAUAUCAUGAUACAAUGGUUCUACCUAUCUGUCACUCCAGGUACUCCAGAACUCUAUGUGGAACAACAGGAAGUGACUGGAGUAGAAGGAGGGAGUGUCACUGUCUGUUGUUACUAUAGUAACUCUGGAGAUAUGAAGUGGUGCAGGAUGGGUGGUGAUUGUGUGAGUGGGAAUUCUGGGACUUUAAAUGGAACAUCAGUGACAUUAACGCGGACUAGUGAUGCCAACAUCAAAACAGUCUUAACAGUGACUAUGAGUGGACUGAAGAUGGAGAACACUGACUGGUAUUGGUGUAGAGUUGGAGAACGAGAGAUGCCUGUUCACAUCACUGUCAGUCAACAAACUGCAACACAGAGAACCUCUAAGAUGACCUCAACAACCCAAGAUCCAACCCCUCCACAACCCUCUGCCUCUCCAACUGCUGAGCCUGUUCAGACUGACAACACAAGUCAAGGAGCUGAGGGGAACAUGGAGGAAGUCCACCAGAGGUCCGUGAAAGUCCUACACAUCUCUCUGGGCAUGUUGGUGGUGGUGACAGCUGGUAUCCUAGUAACAUGGAAGAUGUGGAGAAGGCCUAAGGACAAUAAGGCCAAGGACCAGACAACUAACAACUCAGUGUCUGCUGACCCUGAGCAGGACAUUACAUACAGCACAGUGACCCACACCAGAGAAACAGCACAGCAGGAUCCAUUUCCUGAAGCUGAUGAUGAUGUCACAUACAGCACUGUCAUCCCCCAGCACAAGACCCAACUAAAAGGACAGACCAAGUCAGCAGACCCAGAUGAUAAUGUGGUCUACAGCUCACUAGCUCUACAGGUGACCACACAGCAGAGGGCAGCAGCACAGCAGUGACUGACAGAGAAGACCUUGAUCUCCUCAUUUUACUGGAAGGACAGAACACUCCCUUCUCCUGUGUCACAACAUCUAUCUGCCUCCAAUAUGCUUCUGUCAUACCUCUUGACCCACCCCAGGAAGACACCUCUAUCCUUUAGUGUAAUAAACUACUGAAGACAGUCUCCAUCCACCUUUUCACCUUGUCUCUUGUUGUUUACAUGUUCAUCUUAUUUCUCUCAUAUAUAUAUAGUCAAAUGUCCAAUUCCAGUAACCAAUCAUGAUCAAGAGUGUAAAUUUAACGUACAAGCUGUGUAACAAAAUAAAUAUGAUGAUGAGGCUGAAUACAAAAUGUACAGUUCCAUGCAAAAGUAUUCACCCCCCUUGCUAUUUUUCCUAUUUUGUUGCAUUACAACCUGUAAUUUAAAUGGAUUAUUUGGGGAUUUAAUUUAAUGGACAUACACAAAAUAGUCCAAAUUGGUGAAGUGAAAUUUAAAAAAUUACUU